AUGAGAUCAAUGGAUGGGAGAAUGGAAGACACAGUUCCAUUCGGAGCGAUGGUGUUGAUGGAGGCAUCCACCAUUGCUCUCACCAUCCUGGCCAAGACCGCUUUGACCGGAGGGAUGAGCCCUUUUGUCUUUGUCGUCUACACCAACGCCCUUGGCUCUCUCCUCCUCGUCCCUUACUCUUUCUUGUUCCACCAACACGAGAGAACCGAUCGAACAUUCUUCACGCUUAAUUUCAUUAUAUGUACGCUCCUUCUGGGUUUCACAGGCGUGUUUUUGUUCCAAAACUUGGCAUUUAUGGGGCUAAGUUACAGCUCUCCAAUUGUGGUAUGUGCAAUGGGAUUGCAGACACCUGCUUUGUCCUACUUGCUCUCUCUUGCUCUCGGGAAAGCGAAGUUGGAAUGGGAGAGAACAACAACACGAGGAAAAGUGAUAGGCACGUUGGUGUCGUUGACAGGAGCCAUGGUGGAAGUGAUUUACCUCGGACCUUACACAAGACCUUCUCCCUCCUCUUCUCCAAACUCUUUGCUUUCAAGACACUUGGUCUUCUUCAAGAACUCCGACAAUUGGGUUCUUGGUUGCUUUCUCCUUGCCUGCGCCUCUCUCUCUGUCUCCGCUUGGAAUUUCAUCCAGGUGGAUACAGUGAGGAAGUAUCCACAGGUGAUGAAAGUAGUGGCUGCUUACAGCUUAGCAGGGACAGUCCAAUGUUCAAUUUUCUCAGCAAUCAUGGAGUCUGACCUAAAUGCAUGGAAACUGAAGCCUAACAUGGACCUCAUGCUCAUCAUUGCCACAGGUAUCUUUGGGAGCAUAAUCAGGACAAGUGUUCAUGUGAAAUGUGCCAAAUUGAAGGGGCCUUAUUAUGUGCCAUUGUUCAAGCCAUUUGGUAUCCUUUGGGCUACCAUUUUUGGCACAAGUUUCUUUGUCAACAGUCUUCAUUAUGGAAGUGUGUUAGGAGCGACGGUAGCUGGGAUUGGAUACCUAAUGAUAAUGUGGGGACAAGUUCACGAGGAAGAAGACAAGAAUCAUAUGAAUCAGAAGGGUGAAAUCAUCAAUAAUACACAAGAGACUGUUCCUCUUCUGAGAGAAAACGACGCUGUCGAUGGUCAUGUCUAGAUCUCAAAAUAUCAUGCGGAGUGUGGAUUUGUUUUUUCAAUUUUUGUGCAUGGCUUCAUUACUAACCUUGCAUUAUCUAAUUUUUUCAAUUAAAAAAAAAUAGGAGUAUGGUUUUUGUGUUGUAUUUUUCCUUUAAUGUAUUAUGGA